CGCAGCACCACUGCGAGCAAGCGAGCGGAUCGAAGCGAAGCGAAAUCGAGAAGACAACAACAAAAAAAAAAAUAAAGAAAGAAAAAGUAAUAAGAGACUUUUUUUUUCGCGAACGAGAAAAAAAAUCCAGGGGUUUUCUAGGGUUUCGAUGCCCUGAGAGCUUCGGGGGAGGUCGGAGCGCCGGCCAUCUUGAACUUAGAGGAAUGGCGUCCACGGAGGAGCUGGAGGACCGGCUUCAGGGGGUUGGGAGCCGGCUCGCCUCUCGCUCGUCCGCUAUCGAUGAACUCCUCCCUCUUCUUGAUCAAACUGAGAGCUUUUUAGCAAGAGUGGAACAAUCGCCAUCUGAGUCAAUGUUGAAUGCGCUUCGUCCUGCAAUGAAGGCACUGGUUGCUAAAGAGCUUAUAGGACAUGCAGACACUGACGUGAAAGUUGCUGUGGCAUCUUGUAUCAGUGAAAUCACAAGAAUAACUGCACCAGAAGCUCCAUAUGAUGAUGAUUUGAUGAAGGAGGUAUUUAGGAGGAUCGUUGAAGCCUUUGAAAAAUUGGAUGAUGUAUCUAGUCGCUCAUAUUCCAGGAGAGUUUCAAUUCUUGAAACUGUUGCAAAGGUUCGGUCAUGUGUUGUGAUGCUGGAUCUUGAAUGUGAUGCUCUGAUUCUCGAGAUGUUUCAUCAUUUUCUGAGUACCAUAAGGCCAAAUCAUUCGGAAAAUAUUUUUAAUUCGAUGGAGACCAUUAUGACCCUUGUAUUAGAAGAGAGCGAAGAUAUUUCCACAGAGCUUCUCACAUGCCUCUUGGACACUGUGAAAAAGGAUAACCAAGAUGUGUUGCCUAUUGCUCACAAACUUGGGGAGAAAGUGAUGAGUAAUUGCACAGCAAAGCUCAAACCUUACAUGAGAGAAUUAGUUAAAUCCAUGGGUGUUUCUUUGAGUCAAUACAGUAAAAUUGUUGCCUCAAUAUGCCAAGAGAGUUCUGAUGGCAUGGAGCAGAAUGAUGCAAAUGCUUCUGGAAUGGUUAUGGCAGAUGACAGCAAACAAUCUGAGAGGACUGUUUCUGAUGAGCUGCCUCAGGGUUCUGCAAAGAUGGAGCAAGAAGUAGGUUGUGCUGAAGAAGUUGGUACUGCAGCAGACAAGUCACCUAGAUCAGUGAUGAGCAAUGGUACUGUUCAGAUAGGCAAUGGCGAAUUUGUGGUCGAACAAACAUCUCCAAAACAGAGGCUCGAGCGUUCUCGUCGCAACAGUCAGUCCAAAAGUACUUCUGCAGGUGAUAGAGCUGAUUCAGAUAACUUGGAGUCAACCCCUGCAAAACCAGAAAGUACCUCAGACCUUAAUGCAAGGAAAAUAAGCGACCGAACAGCUGGCCAUUCUCGCAUUGAUGGCGACAAAGAAACUCCUGCAUUACCUAGGAGAAAAGGUCGUGGUAAGGAAGCUGGUAGUGCAAAAUUUGAUGGUCCAUCUGGAAAAGUAGCAGACUCAGCUAAGAAAGAUGAGAUUCAGCUCAAUUCUGGAUCCGAUAAUGGAACUGGCAGUCCUGUAUCACCAGAUCAUAGUGAGAGUCCUGAUGCAACUCGACCCCGACGGGGUCGACCCCCUAGGUCAAAUGUAUCCUUAAAGAGAGGUGGUGGCAGUGCAGUAGCUGGCGAAUCUUCUUCCCUUUCAGGGCAGAAGGGAUCUUUGGGAAGUGGUCAUACUCAGGAUGAAGCUUUACCGUUGAAAGAUGUUGAUUCCAAGAAGGAAUUAGAGGGUAGCGGUGAUUCAGAAGGAAAGUCUUCAAGGCGCUCUCGCAAAAAACAUCUAGAUAAUGCUGAUGAUGGUGAAACACCAACAACUAUAACAGGCGGUUCAGAAACGAAGCUACGGAGGAAGACAAGUAGAAAGGCAUCCACAAGAAAGGUCACUGAUGGCGAAUCAUCACAAAAACAGUUGAAGUCCAACAGCAAGCAGCAGAAGGAAAAACAUAAUGCUCAAAAAGAUGUAGCUGCAGAACUCAGUUCGAAGGAAAUGGUUUCUUCACCAAAAUCUGCUUUGAAAGCUAAAAGUAAAUAUCAUGGCAAUCUGGAGGAGAGCACUAGUGCAAAAACUAAGAGAAAGCGAGGUCGAGGAACUGAAGAGGGUUCUGACACACCAGCUCAAAGUGCAGAAUUAGAUGGGGGCCUUGUUGGUUCCAGGAUUAAAGUAUGGUGGCCGGAUGACAAGGCGUUUUAUGAUGGUGUUGUUGAUUCUUUUGAUCCUGUUUCAAAAAAGCAUAAGAUUCUUUAUGAUGACGGUGACAUAGAAAUAUUGUUGCUCAAGAAUGAACGCUGGAAAUUUAUUCUAGAGGAUGCUGGCAAAGUUGGGGGACUAGCGAAAGAUAUUUCAAGUCCUGAUGCUUCUCCAGAAUUGCGACGUGAUAAAAAAGCAAAAACAAAUUCGAGUUCUGUUCCAAAACAGUUGAAGAUGGAGAUGCCACGGAUAAGUGGUGCAGAGCAUAGCAGUAUUGGAAAGCGUAAAGGUAGAUCCAAAGGUGGAAUAACAAAUCCUGGUAAGCUGUUUAGCGACGGCAGUCCUGGAAGUUCAGGCAAACCAGAAGAGAAGGCCCCAAGCAAGUACAAUGACGACACCCCAAAGACUGGCAAUAGGCUUAAGAAGGAUACUGGUAGCAUGUCCAAGGAUGACACUCCCAAAACUGGUGACAAGUCGGGGGAUGAUAAUCAGAAAACUGGCAAUAAAUCCAAGGAUGAUCUCCCUAAAUCAAGCAGAAAGGCAAAGGAUGACACCCCCGAAACUGAUAGCAAGCAAGAAGAUGAUAUGAUUGGUACUGGUGGCAAGACCAAGGAGGCAGGUAAAGGUAAAUCCAGUGAAGAAACUCCCAGAAGUGGGCGGAAAUUCAAGGGCUUAUCUACCAGUCGUAAAACUGGGGAUGAGUCCAAGGCAAAUGGUACGUCCGAGAAAGGAAAAUCAAAGGGCCUAGAGAUUGAGACUACUGCCGGAAAGGUGCACUCAGAUUCAGUGGAGGCACAAGAAAGUGGGGCCUCAGCUGGGAAGAAGCGCAGAAGAAGGGGUCAAAGCUGAAUUGUUUUGUGCUGAUAUGUGUUUAUGUUUGCUCUUUCAUUCUCCGGUAAUUUUCUUUUUACUGCCACAGGUAGGCAUUUCCUUUCCGUUUUGCAUUGCAACUUAGCAGCUGCCUAUCUGGUAGUUCUGGAGCUGGUUACUGUGAAGUAGCUGACAGGUAUUUUAGGAAUUAUGAAGGCUUGUAGUCUUUGGCCUUGCUUUGUUUCCUCUGAAAGAAAACAUGUUACAAGCCUCUAGUAGCUGACAUUGAUGCUUACCCUUUUAAAAGUUCUAGAUGGUAAUGUAGGUUGUUACUGGCGAUCUAUUUAUAUAGUUCAUUUUGGAAAAUUACAAGAAA